AUGUACACCUCUCCAUUAAGUGAUAUCGCCUGUAAGCACGAGUUGAGUUUUCACUUAAAUGCGGAUGAUACGCAGCUCUACGUAACAUUCGAGAUGUCAUCCCUUAAUGAUAUGGAGCUGAGCAAGUGUAAACUGGAGGCCUGUGUACGGGAAAUUGACACCUGGAUGCUUCUUAAUAGAUUAAAAUUAAAUAAAGACAAAACUGAGCCUCUUGUCAUAUCAUCUCGUAACGGCCUUGCUCGACCAGCCUUGUCACUUAAUCAUGUCUGUGAUGAGAGAGUGCUGGCUUCUUCAAGAGCAAGUAACAUUGGAGUUCUUUUUGAUGAAUCUCUAAAUAUGGCUCCUCAAGUGACUGCAAUUUGCAAAUCGGCAUUCUAUCAUCUUCGUAAAAUUAAUAUCAUUCAUAGAUAUCUCACCGCUGAUGCAGCCCAGCUUCUUGUUCAUGCCCUAGUCACAUCAAAACUUGAUUACUGCGACUCGCUAUUAUAUGGUUUGCCUAAGUAUCUGAUUAAACAGCUUCAGCGUGUUCAUAAUGCAGCUGCUCGUGUUGUUACUGUUUCACCAAAGUUUUGCCAUAUUACACCUGUUCUCAAAAAACUCCAUUGGCUUCCUAUUGAUCUCCCAAUUGAAUUUAAAAUACUUACAAUUACAUAG